AUGACCCCGCCCCAAGACGCGAAGAAAAAUAACCUGCCGUCCGUGCCUACUCUGCCUACGCCCUCCGAGUACGAGCAGCCCGCGGAUAUCAACAUCCCGGACAACUACGUCGCGUACACACUCAAGAACCAAAAGGCGCUCCCGCCCGUCACUUGGGAGAAUCUGUUCCAGGAGCUGAAUUACCUCUCGCUCUCCAUCCUCACUAUCACGCCCGCGAUUGCGAUCUAUGGCGCGUUCACGACGGAGCUCAAGUGGCAGACGGGUCUGUUCGCUGUGUUUUAUUACUUUGUGACUGGGCUCGGCAUUACCGCUGGCUACCAUCGUCUCUGGGCUCACCGUUCUUACAACGCCUCCAAGCCCCUCCAAUACUUCCUCGCCACCGCAGGUGCAGGUGCCGUCGAGGGUUCCAUCAAGUGGUGGUCCCGAGGCCACCGCGCCCACCACCGCUACACCGACACCGACCUCGACCCCUACAACGCUCACAAAGGCUUCUGGUACUCGCACGUCGGCUGGAUGAUCAUCAAGCCCCGCCGCAAGCCCGGUGUCGCUGAUGUGUCGGACUUGUCGAGGUCAGAGGUCGUGAGGUGGCAGCACAGGUGGUACCUCUGGUUGAUCCUCGGUAUGGGCUUUGGCUUGCCGACGUUGAUUCCGGGGUUGUUGUGGGGUGAUUGGAGGGGUGGAUAUGUGUAUGCGGGAGCGGCGAGGUUGUGCUUUGUGCAUCAUUCGACGUUCUGUGUGAACAGUUUGGCGCACUGGUUGGGCGAGGCGCCGUUUGAUGAUAAGCAUACGCCGAGGGACCAUAUGAUCACUGCGUUUGCUACUAUCGGUGAAGGUUACCACAAUUUCCACCACCAGUUCCCGAUGGACUACAGGAAUGCGAUCAAGUGGUACCAGUACGACCCUACUAAGUGGUUCAUCUGGGUCGCCCACAAGCUCAAUCUUGCUUCGCACCUGAAGACGUUCCCCGAUAAUGAGGUCGCCAAGGGUCAACUUACUAUGCAGCUCAAGCGUCUCCGUCAGACUCAGGACGGCCUCACCUGGCCCCAGGACACCACCGACCUUCCCGUCAUCUCGUGGCAAUCUUUCCAGGAGCAGUCUCAGAAACGUCCAUUGAUUUUGAUUUCGGCAUUCAUCCAUGAUGUGUCUUCCUUCAUUGACGAGCACCCUGGCGGUCGUCAUCUUUUGGUCAAGAUGAUCGGCAAGGACGCCACGACUGCGUUCUUCGGUGGCGUAUACGACCACUCGAACGCCGCACACAACUUGCUCUCCAUGAUGCGCGUCGGAAUCCUCCACGGCGGACACCCACACGGCCUCGAAGACAAGAGCAUCCCACCUUCACAACGUCUCCGUAUCGCUAGGUUCAACGAACUCACGAGUCCGUAUAGCUCGACGGCGCAGAGCGAUGGCGAGGGCAUGCUUGGUUGA